UGUGUAUCCCCACGCCCCCUUCCACGUCGACCUGCACUCUCGCCAUAUUUUCAAUCGUGUGAAUCCCGCAGCCCGGUUUGCCACUAAGUUGAGAAGAGGACGCAUUCCCGCAGGGGCAGCUUUUGGUGUGAAACGAUCCACUCUUGACGAAAAAAAAGAGGGACACCUGUGUUAGCUUCCUAGCUGUGUCUGUUAUUUUCAACCUGCAACGAUGAACAUCUUCAGGCUGUUAGGGGACCUCUCUCAUCUGGCUGCUAUCAUCAUCCUGCUACUCAAAAUAUGGAAAAGCAGGUCGUGUGCAGGUAUCUCCGGAAAGAGCCAAAUCCUGUUUGCCAUAGUGUUCACCACGCGCUACCUGGAUCUGCUCUCCUCGUUCAUCUCCCUCUAUAACACAAGCAUGAAGGUGAUCUACAUCGGAUGUGCCUAUGCCACAGUCUACCUGAUCUACAUGAAGUUCAGGGCCACCUAUGACGGCAACCAUGACAGUUUCAGAGUGGAGUUCCUCGUCGUUCCUGUCGGAGGUCUCGCUGUUCUCAUCAACCACGACUUUUCUUUCCUGGAGAUCCUGUGGACAUUCUCCAUCUACCUGGAGUCAGUUGCAAUCCUGCCUCAGCUCUUCAUGAUCAGCAAGACAGGCGAGGCGGAGACAAUCACCACCCACUACCUGUUCUGCCUGGGCCUGUAUCGGGCCCUCUAUCUCUUCAACUGGAUCUGGCGUUACUACUUUGAAGGCUUCUUUGACAUGAUCGCCAUUGUGGCUGGAGUGGUCCAGACCGUCCUCUACUGCGACUUCUUCUACCUUUAUGUCACUAAAGUGUUGAAAGGCAAGAAGCUGAGCCUGCCGGCGUAAAACGUUGAGGAGACGGCGACUCCCAGCAGACUCAGGGGGUGUAGAGAUGACAUCAUGGAAUCUCGUGACCUACAGCAAAAAGAUGCCUGAGACAGAGAGCCAACUACCGGGGGAAAAAAACACUAGUCUUCUUGAUGAUUGCUGAUGGAACUGGUAAAUGCCAACAAACACCAGAGCUGAACAAAGAUCGAGCCAGGUCAACCUUUGGAUUUCUGUGUUCAGCGUCUUGCCUUAAACUUCUUUUUCAUUGCUGUUCAACUAGGAGAAAAGGCUUCUUUUUUUUUUUCCUACAUGUGAGGUGUAUUUGCUUAUUUUUUAUUUUUUUUUUAUAAUGUCACAAAUAGGGUCGACUCUGAGAAGUACCUUGUUUGGCUUGGUAAUGAAAUGCACAAAUGUACAGUCUUAUUAAAGAGUGAGCUAAAGAGUAAUGUAUCCGAGUGCCUGAAGAGGAUUAUGUCUGCUUUCUCACAGUCUGUUUUCUUUUCUUUUCUUUCUUUUUUUUUUUUAAACUUUUUCUUUUAGAUAAGUGUACACAUAUACUGUAAUACACGUACUCUCUCUUGGAGUCAUUUAAGGAGGCCAACAACAAGCGCUUCACGCCAACAUGCGCGUCCAUUUUGUAAAAGCAUUGCUUUCUAGAAUUGCUCUAAACAACAUUUUAAGAGGUUACUCUCAUUUUAAAAAAUCAGAACUUUUUUUUUUUUAGUUAGCAGGGUUCACAGGAGAUAAAGAUAAAGAUCAACCCAUAAGAUAAAUAAACCAUGUAAAUGCCAGCAGUCUUUGUCAUAUAUGUCAGUAUUUUCAAAAGGUUUCCAUUUAAAUUUGACAUUAAUUUUUCAUGUGUUUAUUCACUUGUAUGAAGAACCUAAAAUGCACCGAUUGUUCUCCAGCUUUAAUAUAGAUUUCGUACAAUCUUAAAAACAAUGUUACAUCACACGUGGAUGUAGAUAGAGCACAAAGUCUGUUUCUGCUUUCGCUGCACGCCAAGUAACACAAAAACUCAUGAGCACCUCCCAGCAGUGACUCGUCUGUUUGUCAGAGUAAAGCAAUAAUGGACGACUGAACGAUGAUCGCGCCUCUCGCGCUGGGACAGAGAAGUGUGCAGAUAUCUGGCGGGAGGAUCAUCCGGCACUUUUUGACUGGUUGUGAUAUUUCAAAUAAAUGUUGGCUGUGUGUUUGGGGUGUGAAGAGUUAAAAAACAGAUCUGACAGUGGCGCUGCUCGAUAAUUGAGGAGGAGCGGUCACGAUGUUCAGUGGGUGCAUUUUUUUAAAAUUAAAUUUAAAGCUCUAUUGUUAACUUCAACCUUUUCAAAUUUAGUUAUUGCUAAAGGAUUAUUUCAGCUCUGUCCUUUUUAUUUUUAUUUUUAUUUUUUUGCAUGAUAUCACCUCCAUUAAAGAUUUUAUGAGAAUCA